CUUGAAUUUCCCUUUUCUUCAUUUCAGCCGCUUCCCUUAUUGAAUCUCGUUUUCCUGUUCCGUUCUCUCCCUUUUGCUCUGCUUUGUGAAUGCCACCCGCUCGACAUGGCCAAACCAAAAGGCACUGCAAACUCGACUUUGGUCAUUCCCCGCGUAUUGACCCGGAGAGCAAGUCGCUUCGCCGUCGCCAACUCGUCCCUUGCAACUGAUAAUCCGUCACAACAGGGGAAAACAGACAAACAAGCACUUGGUACCGCUACUAUUGCUCCCACCUCGUCUACUCGCCAAUCUAAAACAACCGCUGUAUUAUCCAAUGGAUCAGGCGACAACUUGACCAAAUCAGCAAAGCGACGGCACUCACCCUCCAGUUCGAUUGAAUCCGUCAAAAAGCGAUCAGGCACAUCCAGGCCCGUCGGAACAUCAACUACAGCAGAAGCUCAGAACCCAGCUGAAAGUCCAAUCAAACAUUCCAAAGACACAAAAGCGUCUCAACGGAGCGAAAAGAGAAAAGAAAGAUUAGCAGAACUGGAAAACAUCGAAAGAGCGAUCAUGAACGGAACACAGGCAGAUUAUAAUAAUCUUUUGCAAGAUAUCCAAUUGAAGAAAGACCGGUCUGUGGACGCUAUUGGGCGAAAACGUGAUCUGCAGCAGGUCAAUAUAAGAAAUAACUUUGUCUCUCUGGAAAAAAUGGCCCAUGAUGAGUAUCAGGUAAUAAGCAUUGCGCGAGUGAUUUUUUUUUGUUUUUGUCAAAUGCAUUCAAUCAGCAUUCGGUCUGAUCGAUAUGGUUAAAUUAAGUUGGAUAAAUUAUCGCUUCGACGGUCAAUGAUGCACCUCGUACAGCAAAAGAUCAUUCGACUGCAGCAAGAAUACUCUGCACGCUCGGCCUCUCAAGGUAAACACCAACACCAAUCACGAUCUCCUCGCGACAUUCGACCCUUUUAUUCAACUACUGUUCCCUAUUUUCUC